UAAAUUCCAGAUGUUGCAAAUUAUGAAAACAAAACGAAUAGUGUAGGUUUAGUUUGGGAAGGGAUAUUGUGCAAAGAAGACUUUAUUAUCAUGAGGUAGAAAAUAAUUCAGGCUGUCAGCUUAUGCCAGUUAGUGUGUGGGUCAGUUUUGCCUAUCCCUCCUAUGCAGACCAUUUUUCUGAGAUUGCUGUUCUGAGUUCUCUGUGUACAUAUGUAAUUGCGAGUUUGCUGUCCUGUCAGUUCAGUAUUACAGUCGAGGAGAUUGUUUUCAUCAUAAAUUCUGUACUUCUGGGGGCUCCUCUAGUGUUAAUGGGGGGUCGACGUUAUGCUUAUUAAUGGCUCGGGCUGUUUUGAAAUACGUACAAAACCAGUAUUUAGUUUUGUUAUGGGCAUAAAAAAAAUGGGGCUUAGAACAGAUUUUAGAAGAGAUUUUGAAACCAGUUAGAAGAGACACAUUUGAAGACUGGUUUAAAAAUAGCUGUUGUUUUUUAUCUUGUUGGUGCAUAGUGCUUGAUUGUUUUUCUCCUACAACUCAGAAAGAAUAGAAGCAUUCAAACAUUUAGAAAUGUCAAUAAACUAUAUGUCUGUUUGUUUCAAUAUGUGUUUCAUAUGUGUUUAGACUAACAGGACACAUGGGCUUAAAUAUUUAUGUUGAAAAUAACUUUUUUAUUGUAAAUUUGCUCAAGUAGAUAAAAUUUUAUCAAUAUUUGUGGUUUAGAUUUGGACUUGAAACUGUUGAGUCACAUGCUGUCUUUGGAUGGUAAUGAACAUAUUGAGGAAACUUCUUUUUUGGAUCUGUAAGAUAAAAAUGUUUUAAUUUGCUUUCAAAACAUCAGCUGUGAAUACACAGCAAUACUUCUUUUUAUUAAACCAAUGUAUAAAAAUACUUUAUUACUAAGACUUACCUUUAUAUCAAGAAAUGUUAUGGUAAAUAUUUGCUUUACAUUUACCAAAUUUAUGAAGAACAGAGAAUCCCUUGACAGAUGGUUCCAAACAGCUUUAAUAUAAUAGCAGCAGUGUAUGCACGGAGUUGGUAGGACGUGAGUCUGUGGUCUGCAGUGUGUUUUGUGCAAAAAUUAAGAACGUAGCUGGCAAAUAUAAAAACCUAUAUUUAAAAUAACAGUGUGGAAAAGGGCUCUGGUUGUGGUUUUGUGUCACUUAGAGAAUUAAAAUAGCUUUUAGUGGUGCUGUCUGCAGUUUAUUUUGGUCUUCUGAUAUUCUGCAGUCUCUUUUUUUUUUUUUUCCCCAACCUUUUUUUAAUAAAGAAAAGGAGACAUUUUUAGAGCUUUUUUUGUUACUACUCAUGCUCAUAGCCAUUAGGUGUCCAUGAGUACUAUGCUGAGAAUAUUUCUCACGUUAUCAAAGUAUCCUUUACGAUCUUGUUCCAGCAGCUUUUUAGGAGAGAAGCCUGACUGCUAAUGAAGCAUGUAAGCAUUAAACUGGCCUUCCAGUCUUCACCAACUUUAUACUUUUAUGAAAUCCAACCUGUAUUGUACUUUGACAAAGAGUACUAGUCUGCACAUUCAGAAAUGUUUCCAGCAUUUAUAGCUUACUAUAGCAUGUGUUUUACAUCUGUUAAAUUGAUUUUUAAAUUUUUGUCUCAUGCUACCCAGAGAGCUAUUCUACAGUGUGUGUGGUGCGAUGAAAGGUGAUAAUUUGGAGGCUUUGCUGUGUCCAUCUCUGGUAAUUGUUCUUUAGCAUUUGUAGCAUUAUGCUAAUACUACUUUACACCUGAUCACGAAUCCUGCUUGCUUUUGUGCUCUGCUGCUGUUCUGCAGUUACAAACAGGAGAAACAGCUUACUGUGCACCCGUUCAUUGCAACCAGUUAGAGGUGUAGCAUUAGCAGUGUUCUGUUCUACUCUGUAAUAUUUUCUGUGUGUGAGAGGAUUAGAAGAUUUAUUCCUACUGCUGUCCUCAGCUUAGCUGUUUUCUCCAUACAAGUUUACCCUGGUUGUAUUGGGACGGCGUGGCUUGUGUCAGAGCUUCUGAUAGAUGCUUUUACGCUGCGACACUCGCCACUGUUUGAAAUAACUGAUACUUCUGUUUGCAUCUCUCGCAGACAAAAUUCUGGUUUUGUGUAUGCUCAUAAAAGACACUGCACCGGUCGGUGGACACUGUAAUUUGCAGUCUUGACUUUCUCUUUUGAAACUGAACUGGCACUGCUUUGAGUUUUAGAUCCUGGUUUUUAGCCUAUGUUUAUCAAAGUCUUGCAGCAGUAUUUUCUAUACAACUGUCUAAAAAUACCGGUGUAGGCAAGGCCUUGCAGUAACCAGACCUACAUCGUGCAGCAGCAUGGUGAUAAUCCAUGAAACGUGGACAAAGCUGCUGGAGCCAAUUAACUUAAAAUUACAGGGAAAUCAUUAGUGUUGACUGUGCAAUGCCUCACACACAGUUCUCUUGCACUUCUUGAUGAGGUUUCAGCACAUUGUGCUUUGUAACUCUGCAGCCUUGUCUCUCGACGCAGCAAGGUUUUGGGCUUCUGGUGAAGAGCAUCUUUACUGCUUUGUAUAGAGGAUUCUUGUACUCAGUUUCUCAUUCUUUUGUGACUGUGUAAAGUCGUGAAGUGGUUUUUCUACCUCUACUUACUCUAGAAAAUAAUCACAACUGUUCUGCAGUGGUCAGCUCUGGACACGGACAAGUCAGUCUGACUCACGGGGACCUUCCGACUAUCUCCUCGCACCAUUUCAAAAGAUGUAGGAAAGCUUGAAGCCUAAAUCUCACAACUCUGGAUAAAUUUGCUUUGAAUAGGAAGCUUAAACAGCAUAAUUAACAGUAUAAAGCUGAGUAGUUCUUUUUUCACGGCUUGAUCUGAACUUCUGUAUGUAAAGACUCAAACCAUUAACGCUAUCAAACUCAAUUUACAAAGUUUCAUCAUGUUACCAUUUGUAUUUUUAAACCAUAUUAGCUCUAGUACAUUACGACUUAUGAUUGGAAAAUAUGGAUUGAAUUUGCUCUAUUAGGUUUUUGAGGUUUGGUCCAGCUUUGUUUCCUAGCUGCAGAAGUUCUGUGAAUGUAUCCGUGAGCAUUGUUCUCAUUUAGUGAAGUCUGUUGAAGAGACCCUUUUCUUCAUCGUUAUUAGGGAAAUAUUAAUAACAGGAGUUGAUAGUUCUGGGUCUCAUCAGGGUGUGAUUUAAAACAUGGUUUUUAUCACGCACAAAUUUCAGUGCCCUUAGCCUGGACAAAUUGAAAGCGAUUACCUGAGAAGCCUUCCCCAGUUCCUACCAAUUCUGAAGUACUUGCGUACAUAUGAAUGAAACCCAGUUUGUGUGGGUUUGGGGUAUGUAAAGAUCUUGAGGAAAGCAUCUAGCAAAUGAGCGCUGUUACAAACUUACGACUCCAAAAUUAAGUGCUUGCCUAGCAGUUGGCAUAUGCGUAAGGGAACGUUUGCAUAUAUUUUAGGGACUUUCUGAGUUUAAGCUACGUUUUUUUCCCAUCAUUACCUUUAAUUUAGUAGUCAGUCGUGACUGCUAUAAAACAUGUGAUUUUUAGGCUUUGAAUUCUCUGUUUAGGCUAGGUCUUGUGUAGCUGGCUUCUUUUUUUUUUUUUAGUGUGCACACAAGACUUAAUCUUCUCUUGUUGGGUUAGAUCUUGCGUUGCAGAUUAGGGUGGACAGUGGCCAUAACUGUUUUGCUGCUGGUAAUGUUUGUUACAACUCUCCUGACUCCUGGAAACUUGAGACUUGUUGACUCCCUUCGUGCACUAGCAAGGACUUGGCUUUGCAUAGAUUACUGGCUCUCUGUGUCACGCUCCCUUAGUGAAAUUUGAGUCCUCCGAUUAAAAAGGGACCUGCACUUCUAAAGGGUUUUGCUAUUGCCUUUAUUAGUCAAGGUCUGGCCCAGAGUGUUGUUUCUGGACCAGCAAACAAUUUCACCAACAGAAUAAAGGAGCUAAGUGAUCUGCAGCGAGACCCACCGGCCCACUGUUCUGCUGGACCUGUUGGAGAUGACUUGUUUCAUUGGCAAGCAACAAUUAUGGGACCUAUUUGUACAGGUCACAAAGAUGUUGUGUGUUUUAAAACUCCCUGAUGUCAUCAUGAUCACCUGAAUUAUGUUGGAAAAUCCUACUCUUUGCAUCUGCAAAGAGAAACCACUUCUGAAGCCUGAUAGCGCAUAUCAAGGGGGAGUAUUUUUUCUCACAGUACACUUUCCAACAGACUAUCCUUUCAAACCACCAAAGAUUGCUUUUACAACAAAAAUAUACCACCCAAACAUAAACAGUAAUGGGAGUAUUUGUCUUGAUAUCCUGAGAUCGCAAUGGUCACCAGCUCUGACUGUAUCUAAAGUUUUAUUGUCCAUAUGCUCCUUACUUUGUGAUCCUAAUCCAGAUGAUCCUUUAGUACCGGAUAUUGCACAGAUCUACAAGUCAGACAAGGAAAAAUACAACAGACAUGCAAGAGAAUGGACUCAGAAAUAUGCAAUGUAAACUUGUGAAGACUUUUUCAUAUACCACAGAGUACUGUAAAUUCUAGGUUUUUUCAAAAUUAGAAGGAAACGGAGCACAGUUUACUGUUUAAAUGUAUCAUGAUGCCCCUUGAAUUUUUUUCACCCAUGUAAGUGUGUUUCUAGAGCAAGGGAGAACAACCUUCCAAAAAUAACCUUAUGACUGUGAUAAGAAUAUUUAUCCUCUUCGUAUGCUUUGCAGAAGACAUUUAUUACGGUUUUUAAGAGUUGGACAUCUGCAUCUUCAGACUACGAGAUCCAUAAUGCAGUUGUAAAGCAACCAAAUUAUUUUUGCUGGAAAAAGUAGCUGGUUUUAUGUGAUGAAUACUGUAUGUGUGUCCUUCAAGUAUGUUGUCCGUUUCAUAAGUGUGUUCAAAUUUCAUUUUGUUAGUUCACUUAUAUAAUUUGUAUUUUUUUACUGUAUAGACUAAAUAUUUUAUUUACCAUGUAAGUCAUUUCAUUUUUAGACUUACUUGCUUGUGCACAGUAUUGACAAGAUACAACUGCUAGUAAUGAAAAGAAUUGGAGUAUCCCACCCAUUAGGAUAUUCUAAAGACUGACUGCAGAUUUCUUAAAACCUAAAAUGAUCUUUGCACUGUAAUUCUUUGUACGCUGAUUAUGGAGAAACACUUGUUUUGGUUUUUUUUGAUUCUGUUGCAUACUUGACUUAAUUUUAUUGCAAUGUGAACUAAUUGCACUGCUAUGUAGAAAGAUAUGUAACCGUUUUGUUGCUAUUCACAAAUGAUUUUUGACAUGUGGGCAACAUAACACUAUCACAGACCUUUUACAAACCUAAACGUAGCCUUUUCCAUAUAAAUAAAAUGCGUUUUCUACUA